GGCUGGAAAAACUGUUUAAUUUAACGGUGCUGAAUUUGUCAUAUAAUCGCAUACACGAUCUCUCUGGAUUUCAAUCCCUUCACGGUACCAGGCAUAAGAUUAGCUAUAUUGACCUCCACAGCAAUUGUGUAAGCAAUAUUAAUCACUUGCUUCAGUGCACAAAGGGGCUGUGCUGUUUGACGAGUCUCAUGCUGGAAAAGAAUGGAAAAGCCAAUCCAGUUUGUAACACAGCAGGUUAUAGAGAAACUGUUCUUCAGUCAUUGCCCCAGCUAACAGCUCUAGAUGGAAGAAACAUUUCUGGUGAACCAGUGGACCCUACAGAAGAAAACUGUUCAGAUUUGCAGUGUUCAGAAGACAUUUUGGGCUCUUCGGUUUCAUCUGGGUGCCCCUCAUCCAGAGAUCAGAACAGUGUUUCCUUACCGCUGGCGACACCACGUAUUGAUCAGGUAUUGGCUCAUUUCCGUCAGCGUGCAAGAAAACCAAUAGAAAGUGCCAUCAGCUCCUCCACAGAGCUUGUCUCAUCUUCAGAACCAGAGAAGACUGAACUGGAUAAAAUAUUCAGUGAGAUGAGGAUUAAAAAAAUAGAAGAUCAGAUUUCACAGAUACUGCAAAAGGUGUCUGAUACCUCAGGAAAGGAAGUUCCUCCAAAUACUCUUAAAGCUAAGACAGACACAGAUCCAACUUCUGAGAGUGAAAAUGAGAGUGGGAAAGAGAACAACAGAAAGGUCAUGAAAAGAAGCAAGAUCCCUACUUACCGUAGAACUACCUUAUCUGCUAAGUGUCAUGCAAGUCGUCUUAAGAACAAAACAACUGGCAGGGAAGAGAAGAAGAAUUCCUCCAAGUGUCCACACUCCAGUCAGAGAGACACUCAUUUUAGUUCUUCAUCCGAUAAUCAAAACUUGAAAGUAGUGGGAAGAAAAGCUGAAAUACUAACUGGAAGACAGAACAAUAUAGAAAAAGUAGAAGAAAUUAAUUCAAGUGCCACAGAGGAAUCAACAUACCGAGUGCUGAUUCAAGAACUGGAUCAGGAGAAGGAAAGGAGAUGGAAAGCAGAGCAAGCAGAGAAGAAAUUAUUAGAGCAUGUCAGAGAGCUACAGAAGCAUGCAAAAGAAGAAAAGAAUAUUCAAAGUAUGGCUGUAUACACUACUGACAGGUUAAAGGAAUUAGUAUUGAAAGAGAGAGAUGCCAAAGCAAGACUGCAAACAGAUGUCCAGCAGUUAAAAAGUGAAACUGAAAGACUUACUAAUGAGUUAAAUCAGGCAAGAAAUAAAGAAGCAGAACAUCAGAAGGCUACACAAGCUUUAGAAGAAACAAUAUCCAAGAUGGAGACGCAGAGAUUGCAGCAACGAGCGAUAGAGAUGAAACAAGUGCAAGAAGCAGAGCUUAAAGCAUCAGCAAACGAAAGAGAAGUACAAUUACUUCGAAUAUCUUUCCGACAGCAGAAGGAGAAGGUAAAACAGCUACAUGAACUUCUCGUAUUAAGAGAGCAAGAGCAAAGGAAAGAACUUGAAACCCGAGUUGCUUUAAAUGGACCUGAAUUUCAAGAUGCCUUGUCGAAAGAAAUGGCUAAAGAGGAGCAGAGGCAUGAACAGUGUGUUAAAGAACUUCAGGAGAAAAUCAAUAUGUCAAACCAGAAGUAUAGAGAGUUAGAAGCUGAAUUUCGUUUAGCUUUAACUAUUGAAGCAAACAGGUUUAAAGAGGUAAAGGAGGGGUUUGAAAAUGUCUCUGCUGAUCUGUUUAAACAUAAACGAGCCCUCUUUGAGUUUGAACAAAGGGAAAAAGAGAUGGCAAGUCUGAUCCAAGACCUGACAAGUAUAGUGGAAGAACAGAAAGCAAAGAUUGCAGAUUUAGCAAAAUUAAAUGAAGAAACUACAGCAAACCUGAAGUGUCGAACUGGAGAACUUGAAACUGUGAUUGAGGAGGACAAACAGAAGGCUGUUCAAGUUGAACUUCUAAAAAAGGAAAAUGGAAAACUUAUUUCUCAGCUGACGGCCCAGGAAUCUGUGAUUGAUGGGUUGAAAAUGGAAAGAAAAAUAUGGGGGCAGGAGUUAGCACAACAGGGAGCUCAUCUUGCUCAAGAUCGGGGAAAACUGGAGGCAAAAAUUGAAGUGUUAACAAAUGAGAUUGAGACAUUAAAAAAGCAAAAGGAACAGGACAGUGAUACUAUAAAAAUUAAAAACAAAAUACUGGAUGAUCAGACAGAAACAAUUAGGAGAUUAAAAGAAGGCUUACAAGAACAAGAGAAACAAAUCAGAAAACACCAUGAAGAAAAUCGGGAAGCUCAGACAUUGCUUCAAGUACAGUUGGAUGAAAAAGCUGCUGAAUGUGAAGAGCUAAUGCAAAAAUUAAAAAGGCAAAGUGAAAGAAAAGAGGAAUUAAAGCAACUGCUAGAAGAAAAAGAAGUAGAACUCGAUGACAUCAAGAAUGCACACAGUGCACUGAAAAAGAAGUGGCAAGGUAAAGGAGAGCUAUUAAACCAGCUGGAGGGGCAGGUUAAACAAAUGAAGGAGAACUUUGAUAUCAAAGAGAAGAAGCUGAUUGAAGAGAGAAAUAAAAGUCUUCAAACUCAGAGGUGA